GCGGGUGACUGGCAAGUGACAGCUUCAAAAAAAUUUUUUCCCCAGGGAAAAAUUGAAGCAAAUGAAAACAUCAGAAAAUUAUUUUUUAUCAAAGUAAAAUCAAUUUUAUUUUGUAUUAUUGAAAUAAUAAGUCCUCGUCAGUCGUAAUUAUCAUUGAGUGAUCUGAGUACUUGUGGAACAGUGAAUAGUGCGUUAAUUAGUUAAUUAAUAAAGUAGUUCUCGAGGCGUUGAUAAGACUCAUUUGAUUGAUAUGUUGCAAAAAAAAAUGGUUAAUUAUAGUUUUUUUUUAUCAAUAAAAACACUUCGGUUAUAACGUAAAUAACAGGCUGCAAUCGUCUCAAAAAAAAAAAACACAAAAACUUUAUUUAUCGAUUAUUGGCAAUUUGGUGGAAACUGCAGAACAAUACCCAGAAAACAAACAACAAUUAUUGAGAAAAAUACACCGGAAAAUUGCAAUUUAUUUUUAUCAGUGACGUGAUUUGUUGUGGGUGAUGAUAUAGCAAAGAAAGCAACAAAAAAAUGGAGCAUUUUGAUCUCCCUCAAAUAGUCAAAGGAUUCCUAAGACUCACCUUUAUUGUAGCAAAUAACUUAUAUUGCAUUCCCACCUAUGCGAUAUGGAUGGUACUACUGUUACCUUUAAAGCAAGUAAAUCCACAAUUGUAUUGGAAAAUCGAAGGCUACAUUUUCCAUUGGCUCCUGGCCAUGGUGUCUUUGUGGUGCGAUUCUGCCGGAUACAAAGUUGUUGAAACUGGAGACGAUAUAACAAAAUGUCUAGAAGAACGGACCCUAAUAUUAGCCAAUCACCAAUCAACAGCUGACGUUCCUAUGCUUUUUUCCUGCUACAAUAGUCGCAAACACGUUUUGCCUAAUAUAAUGUGGAUAAUGGACAGUUUGUUCAAGUAUACUAACUUUGGUAUUGUUAGUUAUUUGCAUGAGGAUUUUUUUAUUAAAUCGGGUAAAGAAAAUCGUGAAAAAGGCCUAAUAGACCUGGCCCAACACCUGAAAGUCAGCUACAUAGGCCUCGACCGUAAAUGGCUCGUCUUAUUCCCCGAAGGCGGAUUCCUACGUAAACGCAAAGCCAUAUCGCACAGAUACGCGGAGAAAAAUAACCUGCCCAAAUUCGAACACGUUUCCUUGCCCAGGGUGGGCGCCCUGAAAACCAUCAUGAGCACUGUAGGACCUCAGUCGCCUGUAAAUAAUAACGCAAGCAAUAAAAAGGAGCCACACAGUGCUGGAAUAGAGUAUGUUUUGGACAUAACUAUAGCUUAUCCUAAAGGGGUGCCAAUAGAUUUGAGCCAUAUUACGUUUGGGAAUAGGGCCCCAUGCGAUACAGUUGUUUUUUAUCGGGUUUAUAGAGCUACUGAGAUACCUGAGGAUUCUGAAGCUAUGACACAAUGGUUGUUUAAAAGAUGGGAAGAAAAAGAAACCAUGCUUCAAAUUUAUUAUGAUACAGGGUCGAUACCGCCAGAGUACAGUCGCACCCGUUACAACGAACCAAAACCGGUGGUUCAAGACUAUUUGAGGUUCCUUGUGUUGCAUAUAUUUUUCAUUGUCUCAACAUAUUUCCAUUUGCGAAUGUUCCUUUCGAUUUACCAGUGUUUUAUGUACUUUUUGGUUUAUUAGCACUUUGAGAUUCCAUUUUUGGUUGUGUUGGUUAGGUACUAUUUAUGAGGAAAGUCUGACGACGUUGGGUAAGAGUAGAAGAGGAAUGGAUUAAUAAUUGUUUCUAGUCUGAACAGUGCCUUUAGUUUUCUUUGUCGGCCGAUAACCAGGAAUUGAGUAACUUUUUUUCUAUUAUAGCUGUAUAUAUUUUGUCUUUCUUGAAAUUGAGCUCAAUUUUUUAACUAGUCUGUGCACAAUAACAAAGGGUUACAUUACAGGGACUCUUUUUAUAUACAAAACAAUGUAUAUUUUUACAAAAAACAAAAAUUGGUUAAUGUCACAUCACAGUUUAUCGAUGAAUAAUUAUUAUUGUAAUAUGUACAUACAUUUUAGUCUUAACAUGGUCCGCAAUUAAAUUUUGGUAUUGUAUAGGUCACGAGAUUGAUAUAAGUGUCUCUGGCUGCUUUUGGGGCACUAAUCUCCAACUUUUGAAGGUCUAGGUAUCUUGGACAACCCAUGGAUUUAUUUGUCCAAACAAAAAUUCAUGAAUAUUUUUUGGGGCAUGCAUUUUUAGGUUUACAUAAUUUUUUUUUAGUUAUAUCGGACAAAAACGUCCACUGGGUUAUUAGUCCAAUAAUAAUUGCCUGGUUUAUUCAUUAACAGUUAUUAAGGUAUUUUUAUUUUUCAUUAUUUUGCAAUUAUUAUUGACAGAAGAAGAAAAAUAAAAAUAAUUGCGCUUCAUCUGUUAGCAUUGAAUCAGGUUUGAAAUCUUCAUUCUUAUAAUAUUGCAAGGGGUUUUAGAUAUAAUAAUAUGAUAAAAUAUUUAUAAUUUAUUUAAUUAUUCAGCUAUCAAUGUGAUAAAGUUUCAUGACAGUAGUCCGAAAUUUUCAUUUCAAGUGUCUGGAGAUAUGAGCACAGGAUCGUUUGAAAAAGCUACAAUACUCAGAGACAAAUUAACUUGUUCAGACUGAAAUUUGGAAACAAGGAAAAAUCCUAUAAAUACUAAAGACGGAGAGUGAUUUCUGGAAAUUUGAAUUAAAAAGAUGUUUCUGAAAACAUUAAUGGUAAAAAUUCUAGUGAGAAAGACAAGAAACAUCAAAAUUUCUUUAGAAAAAGCAGGCACUUUUUUCAGAGAUUGAUGGUACAAAAGAAAAAAAAAAUAAUGGUGCAUUUAUUGAAAGGCAAAUUGAUAACGAGAAUAGAUAACUAUUCCAAUUAAAUACUGAAUAAUUGACUAGAAUACAAGACAAAAAUUAACUUCUGGGAUAAGAAACAUGUAAUACGGAUUUGGAAAUAAAAAUAACUGCUAAUUGAAAGUCAUUCUGAAAGCUGGAAUAUUUUCGAAAACAUUGUCUUGAAUAAAUUUGGACUUUUGGAAAUAAAAUCGUCACUCAGAAUCUGAGUUGAAUAUCUCUUACCAGUUUCUUAUGUUACAAAGAAAGAAUUAUUGAUGCAAAUUUGUUUGGAAUUUUUUCAAACGAUUCCGUGCUUGGUACUCUUAUUAAUUAUUAGCCCUUAAUGUUGAAUCACCAAUUAUUUUAAUUUCUCUGUAGUUUUCUGUGGAAAGGAUAUUGUUCCAACUCUUUUUUUUUCCUGUCAAACAAGCAAUAAGAAAUAAAAAAAGGCAACACCAUUAAAUUUUAAUUGUCCUAAUCAGGUUGUGAUUAAUUUUGUUUUUUUAAUUAUUAUUUUGUAUGUUUCAGCAAUCAAUAUUUGUAUUUUAGCCAUUGUAAUAUGUGUAUACUUGAAUAUAAUAUUUUUUUUUGUUCAGAGGAAGGUUUUGUACAAAGUUAUAUAUUUUCGUGUAUUGAUUUGACUUUUUGUAAUAAACUGUAUAAUAGU